UCUAACCUUAAAUCGAGAGGUUAGGAUUUUUGCACGAAGUAGCCACGAAGUAGUAUGGGGCUUCCAUGUAAAUAUAAAAUUAACCUCAAUUUCUUUGCAAGGUUUAUCCUGUACCGGUAGCGACAAGCGACAAGCUGCAAUCACCAACCAAUAAUAUUGCUGGAUUUUUCCUUUAAGAAGGAAGGGGGCAGAAAACUCGCUUCGCUCAUUGGUUAUCACUUGUUGUUUCCGGUUUGAAUCUGGCUAUAAGUCCCGUAUGGAGUUACUUUUACAUCGAGUGGGAACUUCUUGUGGUACUUUAUGUUCAUGCUUAUACCUUGGCGAAAGGAUGGUACGCGAUUGAUAGAGUAUCAAUAAACAUAAAUAAAGUAAUAACAGAAAAGAGUCUCUUCGUGGGAAAAUGGCUUCGGCUUACAUUAAAGAUGAACAAGGGGGUACUUUUAUUCCUGCUACACAGCGCCCUGAUGGCACUUGGCGUAAACCCCGGAGAGUUAAAGAUGGAUACGUUCCCCAGGAGGAGGUUCCACUUUACGAGAGUAAAGGUAAGCAGUUCAUAAAGAAUAAACCGAUCUAUCCACCAGGCAUGAGCGUGGAAUAUGCCGAAGCUCGCAAGGCAGAGAUCGAAGCUCAAGCCAGAGCCAAAUCCGCAAACCCUAUUCCUGGUCUGGUUAUACAGACCGAAUCAAAGAAGAAAAAGAAGAAAAGUAAAAACAAAACAGUUAAUGCGAUAACGGAUGGUCUUCAGAAGACUAGGAUAACGGAACCCGUGUUUGAGAAACAAAAGUCGGCUAGCUCGGCUGCUACGAGCGUUGCCAGUAGUACUACUGGCACUGUUACGAAUACUAUGGUGGACCCUACGAAGCGUCUCAAAAACCUCAAUAAGAAGAUUAGGGAAAUCGAAACCCUCGAACAAAAGAUUAAAACUGGUGACAUCAAGAACCCAGAGCAGGAGAUGCUGAACAAGUUGUCGAGAAAAAGUGAAAUACUUCUGGAGAUCAGGCGAAUCAGUAUUGCUGCAGACAUUAAAGUGUAGCUAUGGAAGUGUUCGGUCUGUGCGAUACAGUGUUUUUUGGAAGGAGGACCUUUGUCCCUUACUACUCGAUAGUGAUGUGAGAUCGAUUCGGUUUUGAAAACUGUUUUAUUUUAUUGACCCUGUAGAGUGGUUAGAGAGCAUAUUGGAUUGUACAUUUAUACGUGAAAAGUAAAAAUAAUUAUUAUUACACAA